GUGCAGGGGAGGGGCAGCGCGGGCAGGGGUAAAGGACCCGCUUUGCUGGGACCCGGCGCCCCAAGCACUCGGACCCCGGGCCAGCAGCGAGCACCAUGUCCUUCCAGGGCAAGAAGAGCGGCCCGCGGACCACAAGUGACCGGCUGCUGGUCCGAGGAGGCAAGGUGGUGAAUGAUGACCAGUCAUUCCAUGCCGACGUGUACGUGGAAGACGGCCUCAUCAGGCAGAUUGGGCAGAGCCUGGUGGUGCCUGGGGACGUGAAGACAGUGGACGCCUGUGGCCUGCUGGUGCUGCCCGGCGGCGUGGACGUGCACACGCGGCUGCUGGCCCCCGUGCUGGGCAUGGCUCCCGCAGACGACUUCUGCCAGGGCACCAAGGCGGCGCUGGCAGGGGCACCACGAUGGUCCGUGAUGGACCACGUGUUCCCUGAGCCCGGCGUGAGCUUGCUGGCCGCCUUUGAGCAGUGGCGAGAGCGAGCGGACAGCCAGGCCUGCUGUGACUACUCCCUGCACGUCGAUGUGCCUCGCUGGCAUGAGGGUGCCAAGGAGGAGCUGGAGGCACUGGCCAGGGACAAGGGUGUGAACUCCUUCUUGGUAUUCAUGACGUACAAAGACAGGUGCCAGUGCUCUGACAGCCAGAUAUACGAAGCCUUCAGCCUCAUCCGGGACCUGGGAGCCAUUGCCCAAGUGCAUGCAGAGAACGGGGACAUUGUGGAUGAGGAGCAGAAGCGCUUGCUGGGGCUGGGUGUCACUGGCCCCGAGGGCCACGUGCUGAGUCACCCGGAGGAGGUGGAAGCGGAGGCCGUGUACCGCGCCGUCACCAUCGCCAAGCAGGCCGGCUGCCCCCUGUAUGUCAUGAGCAAGGCUGCCGGCGACGUGCUGGCCCAGGCCAGGCGCAGAGGGGUGGUAGUAUUUGGAGAGCCUCUGACGGCCAGCCUGGGCACCGACGGCUCUCACUACUGGAGCAAGAACUGGGCCAAGGCCGCAGCUUUCGUCACCUCACCCCCCAUCAACCCGGACCCCAGCACCCCGGACCACCUCACCUCCCUGCUGUCCAGUGGGGACCUGCAGGUGUCCGGCAGUGCUCACUGCACGUUCACCACCGCCCAGAAGGCCAUGGGCAAAGACGACUUCACGCUGAUCCCUGAGGGCACCAACGGCAUGGAGGAGAGGCUGGCCGUGGUCUGGGAGACCUGUGUGGCCUCGGGCAAAAUGGACAAGAACGAGUUUGUGGCCGUGACGAGCAGCAACGCGGCCAAGAUCUUCAACCUGUAUCCUCGGAAGGGACGCGUGGUGGUGGGCUCGGAUGCCGACCUGGUCCUCUGGGACCCCAGAGCCACCAGGGUCAUCUCUGCCAAGACGCACCUGCUGAAUGUGGAGUACAACAUCCUGGAGGGCCUGGAGUGCCGGGGGGCGCCCGUGGCGGUCGUGUGCCAGGGCAGGGUCGUGUUGGAGGACGGCAAGCUGCAGGCCACCCCGGGAGCCGGGCACUUCAUUCCCCGCAAGCCCUUCCCCGACUUGGUGUACAAGAGAAUCAAGGCCCGCAGCAGGCUGGCAGAGAUCCACGGAGUGCCGCGAGGGCUGUAUGACGGGCCGGUGCCUGAGGCCGCAGCGUCCAAGCCAGGGGGCGGCCAGGCCAGGGGGGGCGGCUCCAGCAAGGCCUGUGGCACACCUAUGCGUAACCUGCACUAGUCGGGGUUCAGCCUGUCAGGCUCCCAGGCGGAUGACCACGUGGCCCGGCGCACAGCCCAGAAGAUCAUGGCCCCCCCUGGAGGGCGCUCCAACAUCACCUCACUGUCUUAG